AUGAGAAUACAGAUUCCAGCUUCACAUCAUUUGCGCUUUCUUUUUGUUACUCCUCUUUUACUUCGUGAAAAUCAUUUUUCUUUCUUUCUUUUCAUAUUUUCAUUUAAUUUCGCCUUUUCAUUCUUUUGUAAAUAUAAAUUCUUUUUUCUCUUCGCCACUUUCGUUUUUUUCUUUCUUUCUUUCUUUCUCUCUCUCUUUCUUUCUUUCUUUCUUUCUUUCUUACUCCAUUUCUUUCUUUCUUUCUUUCUUUUCUUUCUUUCUUUCUUUCUUUUCUUUCUUUCUUUCUUUCUUUCUUUCUUUCUUUCUCACUCUAUUUCUUUCUUUCUUUCUUUCUUUUUCUCUCUCUCUUUCUUUCUUUCGCCACUUUCUUUCUAUGGUUUCAAAUUUCACUUUUUCUUCGCUUUCAUUUACUUCAACUUUCUUUGUUUCUUUCUUUCUUUACUUUUUUUCAUUUAA